AACGCGGUUUUGGAAACUUCCAGUCAAAACGAAACCAUAUAAAUGCCAAAACGCAGCAAAAACACCAUUUCCCAAUUCCGCCAAUGGCUUAUUCCGAUUCGACGAUCUACACCUGCACGGAGUGCGGAGCCAACCUGAACCUUUCCGCAGCGAACCUCUACCCUCCGGACUUCUUCUUCGAGGCCGGAAACAAGGGAACGGUGUCGUUUGCGGCGGUCGACACCACCAAGUUCCGGUUCGAGAAGGAGGACAAGAUCAGGCCGUUCUUCGAGACCAGAAACUACUGGGGGAUCCAACGGACGAGGACGAAGAUCAAGUGCAACGGCUGCGGGCGGCUCGUCGGCCACGUCUACGACGAUGGGCCCCCCAUGACUGACAGUCCCGGCCAGUUUCACAUGGGGCCCAGCCAGGUGAUCCCUCGAGCUGCUCGGUAUAGGUUCAAGACGAAAGCCCUUCGCGUUUCGUCUGGGACUUAGCUGGAAUUGUCGCGAUUGUUUUUGUGUAAUUUUGGGAUUUUCUUUGUAUACUGAAUAAUGAUAUGGGUUGCGACCAUAAUUUCUUGAUUGUA